GUCGGCAGGGAGCAGGGGAAGCGGUUGUCAGGGGUCUUGACCGAGGGGGACAGGGAGUGGUAACGGUAGAGGGUAAGAUGGGCUGCCUGUUCUCCCGGAAAUCUAAGGAGAAAAACCGAGAGAAGAAAAAGAAAAAGGAGAAGGUGCCCGAUGCCGAGGAGGAGCCUAAGCAAUACAGCUGGGACCAGCGGGAGAAGAUUGAUGUUAAAGACUAUAUGCUGGUUCAGGUAAAGGAUCAGACAGUGGGGCGAUUGCCUGGUAAAGUUGCCGGUGAGCAAUUUGUCAUCCAAGAAUGUGAAAAUUGCAACAUUUACAUUUUUGACCACUCUGCUACCAUCACUAUUGAUGACUGCACCAACUGCAGGAUAUUUCUGGGACCCAUCAAGGGCAGUGUCUUUUUCCGUAACUGUACAGACUGCAAAUGUGUUGUUGCUUGUCAGCAAUUCCGCACUCGUGAUUGCAAAAAAAUGGACAUCUUCCUAUGUUGUGCCACACAACCUAUCAUCGAAUCAUCCACGGGCAUGAAGUUUGGUUGUUUCCAAUAUUACUAUCCCGAGUUGGGCUACCAGUUCAAAGAUGCAGGUUUGAGUAUCUUCAACAAUAACUGGAGCAACGUCCAUGACUUUACCCCUGUUGCAGAUGAGAACAACUGGACCUUGUUGCCUGAAGAUGCGAUACCCCAGGAUUUUGUUCCUCUUCCUGAUUUGGAAGAGUUCAAAUCAGUUCGUAUCUCCACAGAGUUGAACAGGAGUAUUGUUCCAGUCACACGGGGCCACAGGCAGAAGAACAGCGAAGAAUUGUGCUUGGUUGUGUUUUUUGCUGGAGUUUACACAACAGCCAAUGCCAGGAAGUUAAUUGACGAGAUGGCUGCAAAGGAUUUUGCUCUUGUUCAAACAAAAGAAAUUUCAAUGCGGCCAGAUGAUGCCAACAGAGUAUUUAAGGAGAAAGCAGCAGAUUUUAUUCCACUACUUCAGCAAGGCCCUGUUGUUGCAUUGGAAUUUAAUGGUGAUGGUGCAGUGGAAGCAUGUCAGAAUAUAGUCAGUACUGUGUUCAGUGCAUCUCAGGUCUUUGUUUCUGAAAGCAAGUCUUCAGCAUCUCAAGAUGUGGACAAUUUCUAUAACUAUGCCGAUAUGCAGAUGGGAAUGUGAAAAUGAACUAUGGCAAUAUGUGAAUAUCUGAUCUACCUAUGGUUGUUUCCAACUGAGUAGACAUUUUGAGAUUGGACGACUGGAAACUGGCAGUAUUGUGAAGCAUGAUUGGUUCUAGUUAAGGUUUAACAUCCUGAAUAUAACAUUGUUCCAAAUGUCUUUGAAAUAAUGCUAGUCAAAUACUUAACCAAAGCAUUUUCAGCAGUUUUGUACAACUUUUUUUUUGAUCUGUUCAAUGAAAAUUUUAAAAAUCAAAGAAUCCUUUAAAAUGAAGCAACGGGUUUCUGGAGUACUUUUUAUUUGAUGUAAUCAUAGAUUUAUUAUCUCACAGAAUUGGCCAAUUGUUGGUUUAAUGAUCCUGAUCUUCAUACCUCUGCCUAUAACCUCUUGAUUUCUUUUUUUCCUUUCAUCUGGCUCCUUCCAUGCAACUAAAAUUUGAAUUUCAUUUCUUACUCAAAUGCCAGUUAAAGGAGUGUUAAGUCAAGUUAGUCUCCCUCUUAUAGAUCACUGCAGUUUUAGCAACAACUUCCAUUUAUCUAGGAUUUUAAAAUAAAUGAAAACACCAAUCAAUGUGUUUUCCCUUAGGCUAUGUAGAAAGUCAUUUUGAGUCUGAAAGGAGUGCUCAGGCCAGGUGACCAAACAUUUAAAAAAAAUUGAAAACCUAACGCACCUUGAAAUGACCCAAUCAUUGGGAAACUAACUAACAUUGCUAGCAGAACCAAUUUAGCAUAUUCGGAAUUUGGGAAAUUGAUAUUCUUAAAACUAAAAUUCCCCAAUUUCCAACAAAGUGUACUCCAUGUGAACUUGGCUACCAAAGCAGGUUUAUUUUGAACAUGUUUUCAUCUUUUACCAGGUUGUUAAUAUUUGUGGUACUAUCACUUUGAGACCUACUUAACAACAGAUUUUUUUAUUACAGUCUACAGUUAUAAUGGAUUAAAAACCAAUUAGAUGUUUUAUACACUUGAUGUAAAUCUUUUAACAGUGUGUCAGAUUUUAAUUUCUUUUUAAUGCCAUGUUGCUUAGGAAAACUUAGGAAAAGCUUAUGCCCGAAAUGUCCAAUUUCCUGUUCCUCGGAUGCUGCCUGACCUGCGCUUUUCCAGCAACACAUUUUCAGCUAGUUAAUGUGAAAACAACCAUUACAAUUUACAUGAGAUCUAUCUGCAUGUAACAGGCUCUUUGAUUUGCAUACUUGACCAUGGGUUUAUAAAUAUGAAGGGAUUUGAAGGAUCUGGGGAUGGAGUGAGGUAAGCUUGAGGUAGAAAAUCAGCUAGAAUCAUUUGGAUUUCAGAACAGGCUUGGAAAGCCGAAUGACUGACUGACUAACUACUUCUGUUUCUUGUGAUAUCAUGAUUUAAAUAUUUUUAUGAUUAAUGAUGGGUUCUGCACUUUCUCACUGCUGGAACCUUCUAAAGGAUUUACAUGUAUAUUGAAUUGUUUUUCAAAGUUUGAGAGAAGAUUUGUAGCUCGGGUGCUCGUUGUUGUGGUUCUGUUCGCCAGCUUGGCAAACAGAACCACAACAAGAAUUGUUUUUAGUAAACCUUUCAAAAUGUUUAUUAUCAGUAAAUGCUCAUAUGUUAGUGUGAAAUUCUGAAAUAUAGUUUUAAGAACUGAUUCAAGGAAUGAGGUUACAAAAGAAAUGAUUACAGCAUAACUGAACAAAAUUGUACAUAUUAACCAGGUUUGGAUCUCAUCUUAAAAAGAGAGCAGGAUUGUUUGAGGGCUUGACAAACCCAUUGUUAUUGUUACUUUGAUGCUUCCCUUGUAGCUAGGAACUAGGUGUAUGACAGGUUUCUCCCUUGUUUUAUUAAACUGAUUUGUCCUUGUUGGUCAUACUGAUAAUGCAAUUGAAAUUGACCAUUUUUGGUCUCAAACCAGGGUAACUGCUGGAAACAAUAUAUUGACACCAACGUUUUGAGUUACAUUGAUAUGUCAAUGCAGUGGCUAAAAUAAUCCCCCACACACUUUUGUGUGUUGGCAUUCUUUAAAUAAUGUAGAAUCCUGAAUGUGGUUACAGCACAAAAAACGAACCGUCAGUCCAUGUCUGAGCUGUGCUUUUCUGCAAGUACAGCUCACUUCAUAUGACUCUCUGGCCUUUUUUUUUAAAAAUGUAGUCCUGUAAAUGUUUUUCUUCUUUUGAAUAAUUAUCUGUUCCUCUUUGGAGGGCACAGUUGAAUAUGCCUAAACCACAGUCUCAGGAAGUGCAUUCCAGAUCCGAACACUUGAUUUCAUUUUUUUUUAGUCAUUUGUGGGAUGUGGGUAUUGCUUUCUGGACAGCAUUUAUUGCCCAUCUUUUGAGCCCUUGAGAAGGUGGUAGUAGGGUGCUUUCUUGAGCUGCUGCAAUCCAUCUGCUGUAGGCAGACCCAUAAUGUCCUCAGAGGGAAUUUUAGGAUUUUGAUAGUGCCAGUGAAGGCAUAGCAACAUAUUUCCAACUCAGAAUGGUAAGUGGCUUGAUGGGGAACAUGCAAGUGGUGGUGUUCCCAUGUAUUUGUUGCCCUUGAGCUUCUGUAUGGGAGUGGUCAUGCAUUUGGAAGGUGAAAUGUAGGUUUUGAAAAUAAUUCAUUUCUGCAAUUCAUUGUUUUUGACAGUCACCAUAGUGUUUUCUGGUUCUCAAUCCUAUUACUGAUGAGAACAAUUUCUCUGUCCAAAUCCCCAAUGAUGUUAAACACUCUUAAUUUUAUCAUCUCCAAGGAGAACAGUUGCAACUUCUCCAGUCUAUCUACUUAAUUGCAUUUCCUCAUCCCUGGGGCAAACCUUGUGAAAUUUCUCUGCUGCUCCCACUCCUCCAUCUAAUUUGAUCGUCGAGAUCUUUAAUCCCUUUUUGUGUUCAUUUCAGAGGCUCCUGAACCAUACCUGUUUUUUGUCUCAAUUGAUACCGUUUUGGAUUUGUUUCCUGUGAAUCAUAAAGCAACCAGUGAAAACUGAAAACGUAAUCAAUGGAGAACUUAGUUUUGUCCAUGAAUAAUAAAUGAUUGCAGAGAAAUUGGUACAUCAGGCCUAUGCCAGUAACUUUAACCUUGUCUUCCUUGCUCCAUACGUUGUUUCUUUCUUUAAGCUAUUUUAAACAAAAACAGCACAUCCACAAUUGAGGCAUGCUAACCACCCUGAUCUUAUACAGUUGUGUUUCAUUCUGUCCUUAUUAUCACAUAAUACAUUGGCAGCAGUCUCUUUUACCCCCACAUGACUCUUCAAAAUGUUAAAGAACAAUCUGUAUUGGGUCUUCCUUUGGUCUUCUGUGCUCCAUUAGAACAACAAACUGCCAUGCUGAUGUUUUCUAGGCAAAUACCUUUUAGCAUUUUGGAGUUUAGGAUAAUGCAACAAGACCAAGAAAUGGGAAGCGGCCGCUUCCCAUAACUUCAGCUCAAUCCUUUAUCUUAGAAUUUCCCUUUCCCAAUUAGUGUUCUGAUGAAAAUGUUUGAAUUGUAUUACCAGUCCCGAAUGGGAUUGCAUUGUAAGUACAAUAUAUUUGUCUUCUGUCUCUCUCCAUUAUUCCAAUUAUAAUAGUUGUGCUUCUGGCAAAACUGGAUUCCUUUCAGUCUGCUGAGAUUUUUUUUACUCCAUUGCAGCUCCACCUGCAGAAUGCAAGAGAUUCAAACCCCACUAAUCCAGAAGAAAAGUUUGGACUUGAAGAGAAGUGGGCAUAUUUUGUCUAAUUACUUACACAGCUUCACUAAAUGUAUGAAAUGUACAUAUUUAUACAUUUUUGAGUUCUGAUUUUACUCCAGCCUUUCCUAAAUGGUCAGCUGCAGUGCAAUAAUUUAGUUCUAUAGGUUCUAAUAGGUCUUAGCAACUUGCACAUUGAAUAAUCUUGGCUCAGAUGAAGAAUGAACAAUCAUCAAUGCUGAGGCUGAACUGUCCUCUUUUUAACCAUUUUGUUGAGUUAAUUGGACAGCAAUUGGGAGAGGGCUGUCUGGAAAUAUUUUUUCAAUGCAACUGGGCUAGGAAAUCAAGAGCAAUUGUAAUUCCUUCUCGAGCUGAAAUGCUUGAAAUCAGUGCUCCUUAUUAAUUAAUGGAUUUGAUUUACUAAUGUGAUAUUUAGAAUGUCUACUUUGUCUCCAGUGUUGCUAUUGAUAAUGAAAUUGUUUAAUAAGAAACAACAUUAGAUGGGCUUUCUAAUGCAUUUAAGUCUUAAAAUAGAAUUAUAUUUUGACAAAAAACAUUGAAUUCCAAAGAUGGUUGGAUUUUAAAAAGUGAACUCAUUUCAACUCUGGCUGUGAUUUUUGAGAAAAUAAAAAUUUAAAAUUUAAACCUAUGAAAGCUUUCUUAUUCAGAACUUCGGGAAUGUUUUAGCUAUUUCAUGGUCUGCUAAAUUACAUGACAAUUCUUACAAUUGAGAAAGAAUGUCUUCAGAGGAGAACAUUUCUUUUGUCUGUGGAAUCUUCUCUUUUUAAGAACCAUUUGUUUAUUCCCAAACUACCAAUCAUUCUCCAUGUUGCAAAUUGGCUUUACAAAUGUAAAAUAUAUAUAAAACAUUCUGUAGGAAUGAUUUCGGUUUAUGGCCUAAAGAAAAUCUACUGCUUUAAGGAUUUAUUUAAUUGAAGGCAUGAUUAUGAAAACUUAAUUAAUUUUAGUUUAGAAUAUGUACUCUUCAGGCAGUAGAGAAAUUUACUAAAAUGAUUUUGUCAGUAUUUAGCAUACAUUUUUGUCAGCAAAUUAAUGGUGUUGCU